GAUGGCUGGAAAUCUCACAAGGAUUUAGGAAAAGAAGGUUUUGAACAUUUAUUUGUGAACCAUAGCAUGAAUUUUGUGGAUAGCGAGUCUGGCUGUCAUAUCACGGAGUACAUGGUGGCAUGUUAAAGCUACAUUCUACUGUCCGAAGACACAUCCAUUAUGGUUGGACGAAUCAUCGCUGCAGCUCUUCUGUUCUUGAGCUUAAUUUUUCUUCCUGGAAUUAUAUCCAUAAUUGUACAAGAUAUGGAUGAAAAUGUAGCUGAAAGUGGACUACCUAAACAAUGGCUGUGGAAAUUAGAGCGAUCUAAAGUGGUCUGUUCUGGAAGCUGCUUGUUCCUUGCCUUUCAGUGCUUGCGAAUGGAGGCCAUACCACAGACGAUUUCUUUCUUAUCUGAUAGUGAACAGCCUGGCUGUAACAUUUUGUACCGCUUUAUUUUACCCUGGAUAUGUGCGCGGAUAUUUAUUACCACUGCCUACGAUUUCAUUCCAUCCUCUGAUCCGAAUUGGCGAUUUUGACAUUGUUCAUUGAAACUGCAAAGAUUAUACAGAUUUCACUUUGUAAAAGGACAUGUAGUCUUCCAACUGAAUAAAACUUUUGUCAA